GCUUCCUUCAUUCACCAGUGAUUUCACCAAGUGAGUGACACAUGUUAUGUUUUCUCAGCCAAAGUCUUGUUGAACGGCUUAGUUUUUGACUUCUGUCAGUGAUAUUUACACGAUGAAGGUUACAGACAGUAAUGUGCUUCGGUUUCACCUCCAUGUUAUUCAUGGGAUAACUGUGAAAAGCUUUGAGAAGAGAAAGGAGAGACUUUUCAUCGGUGGUGCAAAGACCUUUGGUGUUCCUCUGGAGAAUUUACCCAGGAGAUACAUUCCCGAGUUUGGACUGGUGCCCUGCUUUUUGGUGGAUGCUUGUUCACAUCUGCUGGAGCGUGCUGCGACUGUAGGCCUGUUCAGAAAACCAGGCUCUCUUCCUCGCAUUAAGACCCUCAGGGCCAGGCUGAACAGAGGAGAGGGGUGUCUGUCCACAGCCCUCCCCUACGAUGUGGCAACUCUCAUCAAACAGUUUUGCAGAGAGCUGCCGGAGCCGCUGUUCCCCUCUGAGCUCCAUGCAGCUCUGCUCAAAGCCCAGACACUGUCCAACCAGCAGGACAGGACUUCAGCCCUGCAGCUGCUGUCCUGUUUGCUCCCCGCCAGGAACUCCUCUUGUCUGCACUACCUGUUUGACUUCCUUUCCAAAGUCUCCCAGAGGUGUACUGAAAAUUUGAUGACCAGCUCCAACCUUGCCACAAUCUUCACGCCGUGUCUUUUACCGCCUCCCAACAAGACCGAGAUGUCCGAGGGGCGACUUGAACUGAGAGUUCUCGUCCUGCGCACCUUCAUUGAAAAUCCUCACUUAUUCGGUGUGAUUCCUAAAACUGUUUUGGACAGUAUGGACUUUCUGAUGGAUUUCCAUUUUGUAAAAGAUGCAAAGAGAGGACAUCGAAAAAGACACAGUUUCAAAGUGAUAAGGUCUGUGAAGACGGUACCCUGGAUUCAGGCAAGGUCAAAGGUCAGACAUGCAGUACCUGAGCAAAGCCAAGUGUCCACCCCAGGAGACAGACCAGCACUCAGGAGAAGCCUCGGGAAGGAGACUUUCCCUAAUAUCCAGCUGUUCAGGACCUGUAUGCCAUGUGCAGGGCAAGGUUUCAGCCCUGCAACUGCUUUGUUGGACAGUCCCACCAAAGACUCAUAUAAGACCCCACAAGACGGACUGAAAAGAGAUCUGCGUUUGGGUCAUUUCCCGAGGUUCACUCGAGGACACGAUGCAGAGGGCUCUCCUGUGCUCACUAGUGUCGGAAAACUGCAGUUCACACCUUGGAAAAGACGUUCUUCACUUCUUGACAGAGGUCUGGCGCAGCAGGCAGGUCCCACCAUCAGCGCGGACACGAUGACAGAAAUGGGCCCGGCAGUGCGGUUAUCGCUGCUCGGCCUCCUCCUGUGCGUGCAGCUCGGCACGGCUCCAGCCCGCAGCCCCCGCACGGCCGACCAGGUGUCUGAGGCCGACAUCCAGCGGCUCCUGCACGGCGUCAUGGAGCAGCUGGGCAUCGCUCGGCCCAGGGUGGAGUAUCCUGCACACCAGGCCACCAACAUCGUCGGGCCUCAGAGUAUACAGGGUGGUGCUCACGAGGGGCUGCAACACCUCGGCCCCUUUGGCAACAUCCCCAACAUUGUGGCCGAGCUGACCGGCGACAACGUUCCCAAAGACUUCAGUGAUGAUCAUGGGUACCCAGACCCUCCAAACCCCUGUCCCCGGGGAAAAACAGGAGCAGAUGGCUGUUUGGAAAAUGCUCCAGACACAGCCGAGUUCAGCAGAGAGUUUCAGAAACACCAGCACCUGUUUGACCCAGAGCACGACUACCCAGCUCUGGCAAAGUGGAACAAGGAGCUUUUGUACCAAAAACUGAAGGGAGGACCGAAGAGAAGAAAAAGGAGUGUGAAUCCGUAUUUAAUGGGCCAGAGGCUGGACAACGUGGUCGCCAAAAAAUCUGUUCCUCACUUCUCUGAGGAAGAGGAGGAGGAAGAGGCGCCGAUCGUCGCUGUUACCAACAAAUCCACCACCUAAAGUCCUGCACGGCAAGGCUCAUUGUAACAUUUAUGUAUACUCUCAGAAACGAGUUUGUAACACUGCAUAUUGAAGCAUUUUGGAUAACAAACAAUUGAUCUGUGACGUCAGUGCAGGUACUGUUAAAUUAGAGACAGGAAGCAGAAAUGGGACAAGCACUUUGAAAAUUUUUAUUGUAUUGCAUUCAUAUUAAUUAGCCCAGUUCUUGUUCACUAAUUGGGCACAACAUGCUGUUUAUGUGUCUUACAACUGGUGCCAUAAUUUUCAACUUAAAGGCUUAAUUGGUAGACCUUUAAAAAAGAUAAUUUAGUCUAUGUAAACACAAUUUUAGGGCUUUGUGUGGCUCACGAUGGAGAAAAUGAAAAAUCUCAUCGCAAACUAGUUGUUUCUGAGGCUCAAUGCUUCUAAAACAGCAAGUCGAUCAGAUCUGAUUUCUUUUGACAGCUCCUGUUUUAAAAGUAACAAUAAACCGUAAACCUCAAAAAGCAAACUGAUAAUCAACUACAGUUUGGAAGAUUGUGAGCCAAGUAUCCGUUAUAGUGCAGGUAUCUGAUCAGAAUUUUCUAGAUCUUGGCCAUUUAUAUGGGGAAAAUGAUUCUCAGUUUACUCAUACUAAUGAUAACACUUUUAAAGUCUACUUAUCGUUUAUAAAUGUGUUUUUUCCUCUACAGAUGAAUGUUUGAAUGUUCAGGUUUCACUGUGCAGAAAUAAGGGUUAAAGUUAGGAGGCAAAUUAAAAAAAACUGAGCCUUAAAAGGUCAUGAAAAAUAAUAAAGCUGCAGUCACUAUGAAGGCUUCUGUAUCGCAAGAUUCUUAAUUUUGUCAACAAGCAAGUGAAAUACAUUGUCUCUGAACAUUUUAUUGAUAACUGCAAUACAUUUUCAGCGAACAUUUUGCUGAUAAGUUCAAUAACAACAUUUUAACAGUUUGCCACGUUUCCUCAUCAUGCUGAUAGAAGUUCCUUUGGCAUUCCAAUUCCCUCAAAACGUAUUUCCAGUUUCAAAUUGGGUAUAUAUAUAUAUAUAAAUGCAAUUUCUAGAAGACAAGGAGACAUCUCCUGUGACACAGGCAAAGACAUAGUUAAACUUUUGAAAUGACACCUAUUUGCAUAAUCAGUCAGGAUUUUUUUAUACUGAGAAGGAAGGAGUAAAUGUAUUUUUAAGGACUUUAACAAGAUAACAGAACUUUUUUGUGGAAAAAAAACAUGAAUAACAC